AUGCAACAGCUGGAUCAAAAUCUAGAGAGAUAUCGCAAUAGUGAAUCACUUCUCCAUGUGAUAUGCGCGUUAGGAGCGAAGUACAUCAUGUGGUCCGAUUCCAAAAGCUACGCUGACAGCUAUGCGACAUUGAUGGCCGGAACCAGUGGGCCAAGAUUGCAAAGGCGCGCAUAUUUCGUGGAGUUGGAUGAUCUGUCCAUGGAAAAGUUAAUGGCCGCAAGUCUUCUUCACGAUCACGAUCUUCGAAUCGGAAGCUAUGCAAGUGCUUUUAUUUUAAGCGGAAUCACUGCCAGAAUGUCACAAGCAUUGCAGUUGAACCUGGAAAAAUCCGCCGAUGUGCUUUGUGCCAAAUCCGAAUCAUCCUCGAUCGAUAAUGAAGCCAGACGAAGGUCAAUGUGGAGCUGCUAUGUCAUGGACAGCUGGGUUGGAAGUGGUGUCAAUCAGCUUACAUUGCUAGAGGAUAGGGAUCUUAAAAUUCAGCUUCCCUGCCACAGUCAUAACUUCUCGUUGGGUGUUCCCUGCAUAACGGAGACUCUCGAUGAAGGGAAGGUGCUCGGCUUUAUAUCCAAAGACGAGAUUCCGCCCUUUCCUGCUCAGAAUAUGGGGAUAGAAGCCUAUUUUAUCCGCCUUGUGAGUAGCAGGAAGAAAGUACUACGGUGUUUAGAUACUUCAAAACCGCCUUGGCAAUCGGAUUCAGAGUUCAUUCAGCUGACCAUGGAAUUCGAUCAUUGGAGACACACUCUCCCACAAAGCCUCAUGUGGAGUCCCGGUAACAUCUAUGCUCAUAAAGAAUCAUCUCAGCUUGGUGCCUUGACGCUGCUCUGGUGCACCUAUUACCAGACACUGGUGGAUCUUUACCGCAUUGGAAUGCCGGUAUUGUUUCGCAUCCAAAAAAUAAUCACUCUUCCUCCAGACCAAAAAGAGUUCCUUGAGAAUUGUCGAAGAGCCUGCUUUCGAAAUGCUCGCGAAGUCUCGAGUAUCAUUUGCGAAGCUCUGAAGCAUGGGAUCAAAAUUUUGGCAGACACAUGGCUGUGCAUCAUUACUCAUGACAGCACUAGGGUCAUGCUGCACUUUCUGAAUUCACAUACGCAUUCAUCGCAGGGAUUGAGUCAGAAUGAAGUUGAUGCGACAAUUGAUUUGGUGCAGAAGAAUCUGGAAGCACUACAUCAGAUGAGAGCAAUUGUCGCCACAGCCGAACAUUGUUAUCUCUCUGUCAUAAAGAUGAUGGCAGCCGCAGGCAUUCAACAUGAGAUGCCCUGUGAAACAGCAGUGAACGCGAGGCUUCCUCAUGAAAGGGAAGAAUUGAAUCCAACUCCAGGAUCCCCCGUUCAAGAAUCCCCUGAAAAUGUACUCAACCCACUCGCGAUUCACCCACGUGCUUCUACUCGGGCAGUUGAGGGUAACCCACGAAGGAUUCAUCAAGACCAGCAACAUCGAAACACCUCUCUUCAAGGCCCUAAUGGACUCCCUGGGACGGAGCUUUCCUAUAUUGCCCCAAAUGGUGCAACGGGGAGGACACCAUGCAUGUCAUCAAACGGCAUGCUGCCGCUCGCUGCUUCGGGCUUAUGGGACUCGGCAAAUUUGGCGGCCAUAGAUAUAUUGGACAGUGGAAUUGCUCCAUGGACGGAAGAAUAUCUCACCGAUGGCCAAUCUGGAGUAGAUCCAUUCCUCUUCCCUUUCUAG